AUCUUUCUCCUUCCUUCCUUCCUUCCUUCCUCCCUCUCACUUCCCUUUUUGCUCUGCAAAAUUUUAACCCUCAAAUCUAUUUCAAUUUAUGAUGUUAGAACUAGAAUUAUGGAGAUCUGAAAAACCCUAGAUCUCGCUUCUUGCUGGGUUAGUCUUCUCCUCGAAUUUGGUUUUUUGGUUUAUUGGAUCUCGAUGUUCGUGUAAUUCUAUCAGCUCAUAUUCCUACGGUUCGUGGUUUGGAAGACGGGAUUUGUGUUAUUGUGUGGACAUUUCGAGGUUGAAUUAUUUGACUUCGUUGUUAGGUUGUCCGUGGUGGUGGUGGUGGUGGUUGUUGUUGUUGUUGGUUUUCUCUGUCAAUGGCUUCGAAUCCUCCAUAUCAGGUGGAGGAUCAGACGGACGAGGAUUUCUUUGACAAGUUGGUUGAUGAAGAUGACGAUAGCUUGGGUUACACCGCCUCCAGAUUUGAGGAGGGAAACGAUUCCGACGAUGCGAGAGCCUUUGCGAAUUUAACUCUGGGUGAAGAUUUAGGUGGUGAGGCUGAAAACGAGAAGGAAGGAGGAAAAGAUAAGGUAGAUGCAGUUUCAGAACCGAUUAAUGCUUGUGUUAGUCAAGGUAAUAAUGAUUCCUUAGGAUUUGAUGAUAGCGUUAUGGAUUCGAGUAAUUGUAAUCGUGAAGACGGAGGGUCAGAGGUUGGACCAGAUUUGAUCGUGAACAAGAGCAGUGGAUCUGGCAAUUCUGGGGUUAAAGAAGUAGGAUGGGGUUCGUUUUAUGCAGAAUCUGGGCAGAAGGAAGAGCAGGGAUUCGAUUUUUUUAACGAAUUAGGUGACAGUUCUUCCACGGAUUUUCCUGGGAUAGUGGAGGGAACUGCAAAAACUUAUGGGUUAGAUCACAACUUAGUUAAUAAUGGUGUUGUAGAUCAAACUUUUGUCAGUGGUGGGCAGUAUCAAGAAGGUGUUGGAGCAUCUGUUGGGAGUGGUGAAAUUGUGCAGGAUGUGAAUAACAGUCAGUAUUGGGAAAAUAUGUAUCCAGGAUGGAAAUAUGAUGCUAAUUCUGGACAGUGGUAUCAGGUGGAUAGUUAUGAGGGUGGUGUUCAAGGAAGCUUUGAGAGUUCAGGUGGUGAUUGCAUUGGGACUUCCAAUGGGAAAUCCGAGGUUUCCUAUUUGCAGCACUCGACUCAGUCUCUUUCAGGGACUGUGACAACAGUAGAGAAUGGUACCACAGAAAGUGUGUCAAAUUGGAAUCAGGUAUCACAGUUGAAUAAUGGGUAUCCAGAGCAUAUGGUUUUUGACCCUCAAUACCCUGGUUGGUACUAUGACAUGAUAGCUCAACAAUGGUACACUUUGGAGAGCUACAAUUCAUCUUUUCAGUCAUCCACUCAGUCCACCAUUCAAGCUCAUGAUCAGCAGGAUCAAAAUGGAUAUGCUUCUAUUGGUAGGUAUACUCACGAUAGUAAUAGCAAUGGUAUAUAUGGUGACUAUGGGCAAGCUGAUAAUUAUGGGUCACAAGGCAUUGGAGGUGAAAGGCAAUAUAGUAGCUGGGAUGAUAAUCAUAUUCAUCAUAAUAACAAUAACAGUAAUAAUCAGGGUUUAAAUAUGUUGCAAACUGGAGCUUCUGUGAAGACUGAAUCUUUUGCAAGUUCUGUUGGGUACCAGCAAUUGGAAGGUUCUUUCCAUUCAAAGAUGUCCCUGAGCAACCAUGUAGAUCAGCAGAAGUCAUCUUUUGAUUCUCUGCAGGAAGUUCAGUUGUCUGCUAAAGCAAAUCAAAGUUUUAGUGGAGCUAAUGGUGUUAUUGGGUUUCAAAGCUUUGUCCCAAGUCAAGAGUUUAAUCAGAAAUUAUAUCAGGGAAACGUGAAGCAAAAUGAACAAAUGCAUUUCUCAAAUAAUUUCUAUGUCAGUCAGAAUCCUGUGAAUGUUACUCAACAACCAUUCCAUGGCAGCCAGCAGUUUGCUCAUGUUUCUGACUUAGGAAGAUCAUCUGCUGGUCGUCCUCCACAUUCCCUUGUUUCUUUUGGAUUUGGUGGAAAACUUAUUGUAAUGAAAGAUGCCAGUUCUAUCCAGACCUCAUCGUUUGGUAGCCAGGGUUCACCGGGAGGCUCUAUUUCUGUUCUGAAUUUACUGGAAGUUGUCAAUGGAAACACGAAUGGCUCUGGUUCUGGACUGGGAGCCUGUGAUUAUUUUCGUGCUCUUUGCCAACAGUCCUUUCCAGGUCCAUUGGUUGGUGGAAGUGUUGGAAGCAAAGAGUUGAACAAAUGGAUUGAUGACAGAAUUACAAACUGUGAAUCACCUGACAUGGCCCCUAGAAAGGGAGAAGUUUUGAGGUUGCUUCUCUCUCUGCUUAAAAUAGCUUGCCAGCAUUAUGGUAAACUUCGAUCUCCUUUUGGUAGCGACAUUGCAUUGAAGGAGAGUGAUACUCCAGAAUCAGCAGUUGCUAAACUCUUUGCAUCUGCAAAAAGGAACAGUGCGCAUUAUGGUGGUCCUGGUUGUUGCUUCCAGCCAUUGCCUUCUGAGGGGCAAAUUCGGGCAACUGCUUCAGAGUUACAGAAUCUACUGGUCUCUGGUAAAAAGUAUGAGGCUCUACAAUGUGCACAAGAAGGUCAAUUGUGGGGACCUGCACUUGUUCUUGCUUCACAACUUGGUGAUCAGUUCUAUGUUGAUACUGUGAAGCAAAUGGCACUUCGUCAGCUGUUACCGGGGUCACCGUUACGGACAUUGUGCCUGCUAAUUGCUGGGCAACCAGCUGAAGUGUUCUCUCAGAACAGCACAGCUAAUAGCAUUAAUAUGUCUCAACAGCCUGCACAGUUUGGGGCUAAUUGCAUGCUUGAUGAUUGGGAAGAGAAUUUGGCUGUAAUAGCGGCAAAUAGAACCAAAGAUGAUGGGCUUGUGCUUAUUCAUCUUGGAGAUUGCCUGUGGAGAGAAAGAAGUGAGAUAACUGCUGCCCAUAUAUGUUAUUUGGUUGCGGAAGCAAACUUUGAGUCAUAUUCGGAUAGUGCAAGGCUCUGUCUUAUUGGAGCGGAUCAUUGGAAGUUUCCCCGAACCUUUGCUAGUCCUGAGGCUAUCCAGAGAACUGAGUUAUAUGAAUAUUCAAAGGUGCUGGGAAACUCUCAGUUCAUCCUGCUGCCAUUUCAGCCAUACAAACUCAUAUAUGCUCAUAUGCUGGCUGAAGUUGGAAGGAUUUCAGAUUCAUUGAAGUACUGUCAAGCAGCAUUAAAAUCUCUGAAAACUGGCCGGACCCCUGAGGUAGAAACAUGGAAGCAAUUACUUGUAUCUCUCGAGGAAAGGAUUAGAAACCAUCAGCAGGGUGGAUAUGCUGCUAAUUUGGCCCCAGCUAAAUUAGUUGAUAAAUUGCUGAACUUUGUUGUUGGUGGCCAUCCUCCAUCUGCACCAUCAACAUCAGCAGGAAAUUCUCAAGGCAAUGAACUUCAUCACCAGCUGGCAGGCCCUAGAGUAUCAUCAAGCCAACCAACUAUGGCUAUGUCAUCGUUAAUGCCUUCUGCUUCAAUGGAGCCUAUAAGUCAAUGGGCAGCUGAUGGCAACAAAAUGACAAUCCAUAAUAGGAGUGUUUCAGAACCAGAUUUUGGUAGAAGUCCUAGACAGGUUGAUUCAUCAAUGGAAGUGGCAUCAUCUAGUACAGAAGGCAAGGCAUCUCGUUUUGCUCGUUUUGGUUUUGGCUCACAGAUUUUGCGAAAUACUGUGGGGUUAGUCUUAAGGCCUCGUGCUGAUAGACAGGCUAAACUGGGUGAAGAGAAUAAAUUUUAUUAUGAUGAGAAGCUAAAGAGAUGGGUAGAGGAAGGUGCUGAAGCCCCGGCUGAAGAAGCAGCCUUAGCACCACCUCCAACAACAGUGGCAUUCCAGAAUGGAAUGCAUGAAUACAACUUGAACUCUGUGCUUAAGAAUGAGGGUUCACCCACUAAUGGAAGCCCAAAAUUUAGAAAUACAAAUUCAACAGAACAUGCCUCUGGAAUCCCACCUAUUCCAACCAGUUCUAAUCAGUUCACAACUUGGGGGCGGAUGGGUGUUAGGGCAAGGUAUGUUGACACUUUCAACAAAGGUGGAGGAAACCAGGCAAAUCAAUUCCAGUCACCUGCUCUGUCCUCAGUUAGGCCUGCUGCUGCUGCUGUGAAUGCAAAGUUUUUCAUUCCUGCCCCAACAUCAACAGCUGAACAGACGACUGAGGUGAUAGCAGAAAGUACACAUGAUGUAAAUGCAUCUAAUAGAAAUCCGUCAACAUCUAUUGAAAAUGACUCUUUCCAAUCUCCCUCACCAUCCACAUCAAUGACCAUGCAAAGGUUUCCAAGUAUGGAUACCAUUGACAGGAAAGGCUCUGUGGAAAAUAACAAUGCCAAUGGAUUACAAUCUCACCCAAGACGCAGGGGCUCAUGGGGUGGAAGCUUUGGUGGUAUGCAGGGUCAUCCUAAUAUGGCUGAAAUGAAACCUCAGGGAGAAGCAUUUGGAAUGCCUCCAUCAUUUAUGCCUAGUCCAGUGAAUGGCAGUAGCAAUUUUGGAGAUGACUUGCAUGAGGUGGAGCUUUGAGCCAGAGUUGCAAAGAUGUACAUAUCAAGUUUUGUUCCUGCGAUAAAUACAGUACUUUCCUAUUGUCUCGUUUACGCAUACACCACAAAGGCCGUACACAUCAAAGAUGGUGUGCCCUAGAGGAGGAAACAAGGUCUCUUCCUUCUCUUAAGAAAAAGUAAAAUCCCUCUCCUACUAAGCUUCCUGAUUCCUUUCAACCUUCUGCCUUUGUAUUUUAAGUUGGUUAUCAAGUUGUACUUCUAGGAUCAAGGAGAAUUUUUUUCCUUUUUUGAUUUUUUUUUUAGAAUCUGUAUGUCUGAGCGCUUGGGGAGCUAAUUUUUUUCCUCUAGAAAACAACAGAAGCCUGAACAGGCAUUGCUGUACAGUUCAUUUGUUAAUUUUUUAAUCAAGAAUUCCCUUGAGGAAAGUAGAAAGGUCUUCAGGGAACACUCAAGGUAUGAAAAUGCAAAAUUUCAUUUUGUAUGGUCAAACCAAAUGAUGGCAAAAUAAGAAAAACUAUUAUCUUUC